GGCAUCAUCAGCUCAAGCAUCUUCAGCAUCCUUCUCUGCUUAAUUGUCCCUCUCGCAACUCAAACAGUCGCUUCAAUCCAAGACUCAUCAAGAUGAAGUACACCACCGUCAUCGCCGCGCUUACCAGCACCGCCCUCGCUCAGAGCUCUUGCUCUUCAGCACCACCCGCGUCCACACCUACUCCUCCUGCUGGCCCCAACUACUUCACCGUCAUCUCUGCUCGCAGCGCCUCUCCCGUCCACUUCCAGACGCUCACUGCACGCGGUCUUAAGUUUUACCUCGGCGGAGGCCCUCCCUCAUCAUUCUGCCCGACCGAACUUCCCGCCGGCUCGUGCCCGCCAGGUAACACCACCGUGUUGGCUGGUGGCUAUGGUACACUCGGCAUGGGUACCGUUGUCCCCGGUGGCCAGGAGGUCUACGUUGCUCCCGAUGGUGCUUUGAGCUACACACAGGCACACUCGGCCGCUGUUCCCGCCGGCAGCUACAGGGCCAUGUUCAGCCGCGAGCCAUCCGGCGAUAACUCGUUCGGCUACCUCAACUUCGAGACUGGCUUCGUUGCGUGCCCGGCCAAGGCACCCGAGACUGGAUACCAGGUCUUUGGCCAGGUUGAUGGCGCCACUUUCGGACCCGAGUGUCUGGGAUUCAGCGCCUUGACUUCUGAGACCGACCAGCCCGGCGCGUGGCAGUACUAGAUUCCCAUCGCGAUUGCGACUCGAAUUGUUUUCCCUUUUGAAGCAAAGAGCGAUAUGCCUAAUGAUAAUGUAAUGAAUCCAGCACGGAAGAGUGACCAAGGAAAACAUUGCUGGUGAAGGAGAAAAGGUCUCUCCACAACAUACCUGUAUAUAGAUGCAGCAUCCCUAUGACCCACGACACUCCCUAAUACCAUAAUGCAUUUGUCCAUCCUCAAA